CAGCCAAUCAUCGAGAAUCGGAGGCCAGCACUAGGGUCUAGCUGACUCGAAGACUUAAUCAUCGGGUUGGAAUAGGAAUGCCGAGUAUUCUGGAUCUUCCUAGGGAAACACUGGAGCUCAUACAUGCACACCUCAUCAGCACACCCACCCAAUGGCUUCAUGUCCAUUAUCCCAACGAUCUGGCAGCGCGCACGACGGCUUGUUUGCGACUGGUUUGUUGGCAAUGGGCCGAAUGGUUGUACGUGCAUCAUCUGUACCGCGGAUUGAAAUUCGAUAACGCUUCCCGAUCGAACGAGUUUAUCGCCUACCAACGCAGUCGGUCGGAGCUUCUUCCGCAUGCUAAAUGUCAGCACUUGGUCAUCGGUCGCAUCUGGACUACCAGGGAAGCUCCCACUGGGGAUGUCGGAUUGCAAGAUAUGAUCACUCCUGAGAUCCUUGAAAACCUCCUCGAUCUCUUCCCUACUACCAUCCUCACUCUCGACCUCCAAUUCGUCGAUCAUCCAUCCCUUCCAAUCGGAAAUAUUCAAGCCAUAAAACGGAUCGAAAGUCUCCGUGAACUUCAUUUAAAUCUCUCGCCGACUUCGGUUGGAAACCAACCCCCCACUCCAACCGACCCAGAGUUCUUCAAUGCUUUGAUCGUCGCAGCUCAAGGAAUAAACUCACUCGUUCUGGGCAUACCGAUUUCCCUGGACUAUGAGCCUGAACCUGGAAUGUGGGGAGACCGGCCCUAUCCAGCAAUCACUCAUCUGCAUGUCAACAUGUUAUUCCAGCGAACAAUCGACAUUCUACGUCUUUCGAUUGCAUUCAAGCCUAGUCUCAAAUCUUCAUCUCCACUUCCCCAACUACGCGUCUUGGCAGUCCACUAUUGGUUGAAUUCCUUCUCCGAUUAUCUCGCACAAGAUAUCUUCACCCAGGCUCCAAUCGAGAUCUUGGCGAUCAAUGCUCAAGCUGCUUUCGAUCAAUGCGAUCCAAUGUUCUUCGGUAAUCCACUCGCUCAUCUGCCCAAGUUGAAGAAACUCGUUUUCAUGAAUGCUCCAGCAGACUACUCCGCACCUCCAAAGUUUCUUGAAGCUUGUGAAGCUCUUGACGUUCAAUGCGUGUACAUCGAUCAUUACCAAAUGCCUCUUAUAAUGCAAGUAUUUGAUGCACCUAUAAUAUGGACUUCCUCACCAGCUGUGUUUAUGAAUUUACGUUACUGCCAUUUACAGGCGGUUUCCUGGGUGCUGAUCACAGAACUUGAGAGCCCCCGGGAAACACUGCAAAAGGAGUUGUAUUGGUUAAAGCCCCCUGCAAUAAGGUUGUCCAGAGGCAACCAAUAG